GUAGAGCACUGAGUGCUUCCGGUUCAAAGGUUGUUGUUCACGCCAUGUGCUUCUCAUACCUCGAUGUUGUUACUUUUAUGUCCAAUUCAGUGAAGUGACAGAUUAUACCUUUCCUCUUUUCCCCUAAUAUAUUGUAAAUGUACUGCAGGUUCAGUAUGUCGCAUAACAUAUCUUCGUCCAGUGGACAGGAAAAGGAUAAUGGAGUUUCUAGAUUCGCGUGUCCUGCAGACUUUGUGCCUCUUCAGUACAGCUGCAGUGAGAAGUGUGUGUUGGAGAGAGGAGAAAACACGGAGCUGUGGCUCAUUAAAGCUCCAGCUCGCUUCAACCCCAGCAGUCUGGCAGAUUUGAAAGUGUCCUUAUCAGGCCUGGAGAUGAUCCAGUCUACUGAUGCAUCUCCUCAGAUCUACAGUGUUCUCUCAAGCUCCUCAGGCCCUACUGACCUCCAUCUUCUCACCUCUAGUGAUAAGCAAAAUGCAUGUCCCAGUGUUUCUGGCUUUGCUGGAAUCCUCAAUAUCAGUGAAAGUUAUGGGGACUGCAGUGCUAAUCAGAGCCCUAUGCCCAUCCCAGCAGCCCCUGCUCCGACCUUCCCACCCGGCCUGAAGCAGCGCUUCCAGCCCUUCGGCAGCUGUACACCUGCUCGCAUGUUUCAGAGCACCACCUCGACCUCUCUUUUGCCACUGCAGAAAGCAGAGCUGGAGUCUGAAGAGACUGAAGUCCAGAGUAAAAAGAAGAAGCAGAAAAAGAAGAAGGAGAAGCACAGUAGACAGGAGCCCAUGGCCCACAUUAAGAAGGAAGAAAUAUAUUAUGAGUGUUGUGAGCUGCAAGUCCUGGAGCCAGUGGAGGAAGAUGGGACAGCAGAGAGAAAGAAGAAAAAGAAGAUUAAGAAAGAAAAGGAGUCACAGAAUGAGUUUGCCAUUGAUGACAGUUUGAUAACCAAAGAGGAACCAAUGGACACAUCAUAUGGUGAUCGUGAGAGCCCUGUGAAAAAGAAAAAGAAGAAGAAGAAGAAGGAACAAGAUGAGUAAACAUUCAUUAAAGGUCAUUACACACUCUAUUAGGAACACACUUUUCCAGUCUUCAACUAUCCAGUGUUUGUGAAACUGUCCCCACUGCAGCCUCAGUUUUCUGUUCUUGGCUGACAGAAGUGGAACCCGACGUGCUUUUCUGCUGUUGUAGGCCAUCUGUCUCUAGGUUAGAUGUGUUGUGCAUUCUGAGAUGCUUUCCUGCUCACCACAUUUGUACAGAGUAGUUAUGAGUGACUGUAGCCUUUCUAUCAGCUCAAACCAGUCUAGCCAUUCUCUGUUGACCUCUCUCAUCAACAAAGUGUUUCCGUUUGCAGACCUGCCGCUUACUAGGAUACUGGGUUUUUUUUUCCCCCUUUCUUUUUCUUUUUACUUUAUUGCACCAUUCUGUGCAAUAUUGUGAACAUUACCUGAAUCUGCUGGCCCGAAUCUGCAUGAUAUUCUGCACUGCACUACUGCCACACGAUUGGCUGAUUAGAUAAUUGCAUGAGUGAGUAGGUGUAUGGGUGUUCCAAAUAAAGUGCUUUAGUGAAUGUUUAUUUUGAUGGUAACUAUGGCGAUUUUUAAACUUUUAUGUCAGAAAAGUUGACUACAACAGUUAGUCAUGUUACAACAAACUGUAGGCUGAAACAUUUAAAUGAAUUUAUUGCAUCCUUUUUGUCAAGGUGGCAUAAACAAAUACUGAAAUGUCAUGCAGAAGACAUUUUUAAUCGUAAAUCAUAUUUUGCUAAAACGUUACUUGUUGAAUUCAGUUGCUCACAAAUGUUUGCAUACCCUUAAGACAAAUUUGUGAUCUUUUUUUUCCUAUAUAGGAACUUCAGAUUAUAUUACAUAAUACA